CCCAGCAAUGCAAUCGAGCAAAUCCACACCUGUUCCCAGUCUUCCACCCGAGCUGUGGGAAAUGAUCAUUCGAUACUUGCAGGGAGAUCUAUGCUCACAACACCUGAGCAGACUUGCACGAACAUGUCAUUCUUUUCAUCAACGAAUAACACCACUUCUAUACCGGUCUGUCGGCCUGAUGUGGAUUGGAAUGGUCCUCGGCUUGCUGAGACGCUUGAGAAGCGUCCAGAUUUGGCAUCUCUUGUUCGUGAAGUGAGACACCACGAUGAUACCGGUUUUGAAGAUUUCGCCUGUAUCUCGGAGCCACUUUACAAGGUCCUUGCUAAGCUGCCGGCGCUGCAACAAUUGGUUUUGAGAAAAAGGAGCAAGUUGAAACCUGGAAUGAAGUUGACACCCGAUGAGAAGCGGACUCGAAUGUUCGCAUGCAUGAUGGAUGAAAAUUUCAGUCUCACGGACUUGGAGGCUAUGGCGAUACAGGUCCGGAAUGAAAGCGAACUAUCAACGGACCCGCUUGGCCUUGGGUCUGAUCCGACUUUCGACGAGACCUCUCCUUUACGGCCUGAGCAGAAGUUCUAUUUGAUCGUGCUUAUUUCUGUCAAGCCCAUCUCAAGAGCUCCGCGGGUCUCCCUGCACUACGCGUCUACGAGGAAGCUUUGCAUAACUGGUGGUACAUUUGAUGAAAAUUUUGACUUAGGGGACCACGAAGUGCACCGUUCGACCGCACUAGAAGAUCUAAUUCUAAUAAACUGCCGUAUCAAUCUUCGCGGGGUUUUCAAAGCUCUCAAAUACCCAAAGGCGCUGAAAAGCUUCACCUUCCGAGGUCCCGGAUUCAAUCCAUUUUGCCAUACCUUUCUCCCAGAUAUCUCUUUACUGGAAUACCGCAGCUGUAAAGUACGUCGACAUUUUGUCUUCUCUCAAGACUCUGACACCCCCCCCCAAUACCUACUAGGAGGACGAAUAGACGGGAUGGGCCCACUGAAUGAUUACUUCCCCUGGACACCGGAGAGGCUUACGCUUUGCUACGAAAAGGGAUCUUUAUUGCCUUUCGCACAUAUCUACGACUCGUUGAACAGCGGCUAUCUUCUGAAUCUCCACACCAUCAUCUGCGACAUACCCGACAACCUGAGGGAGUCCCCAACUAGUUCGGAGAUUCGUCAAGACGGGGAGACCUGGAAAGAGAAGUUCCAACAGCUGAAUGUGGAUUUGUUUAUGGUUCUUGUCCCAUAUCCCACCACUAUGCCUGCUCAUGACGCCUGCUCCUGCGAGUGUCUACGUUUUUAUCACCGGUUCGAUCUCAUACACCCCAUCCUCUGGCGAGACAGCCUCCGCAUCUCUAGUCGGUGA